AUGCUUGUAAGGGCCUUAAAGUUCAGGAAAGCGUUUGAGUACUUGUCAGUUUAUGACCUAAACUAUAAGUCAUUACCAUCUGAAGAAGAAUGGAACCGUGGAGAGAAACUCUGUGAAUUCCUAAAGCCUUUCUAUGUCAUCACCAAUCUGUUUUCAGGUUCAAAGUAUCCUACUUCCAACGUUUAUUUUACACAAGUUUGGAGGAUUCAACUACUACUAAUGAAGUUUUCCAGUUGUGAUGAUGCUGCUUUGGCUGAUAUGGCUGAGAGAAUGCAAGUGAAGUUUGACAAGUAUUGGGAAGAUUACAGCCUUGUUUUGGCCAUGGGAGCUGUUUUAGAUCCUAGAAUGAAGUUGUAUUUGCUUGAGAAAGCUUAUGAAGCAGUGGAUCCUCUUACUGCAAAGGUGAAAGUCAAAGAGCUUAAAGACAAUUUGAUUUUGCUCUACAAUGAUUAUGUUGCAAGAGCUCGUCCUAGUUCAAGAGUUACAACAAUACCAACUCCACAAGAGUUAAUCACUGAAUCUCCACUUGAAGAUGAUGACUUUGACAUUGAUAUUUUUGAUCUUGAAAGAAGCAUCGGAACUGGUGUGAGCAACACAAAGACACAUUUGGAUAUUUAUUUGGAGGAACCAAGACUUGAUAGAGCAUCUUUUCCAAGUUAUGAUGUCUUAGGCUAUUGGAAGGACAAUCAACAUCGAUUUGGUGAGUUAGCAAAGAUGGCUCGUGAUUUGCUGAGCAUACCAAUUACUACUGUAGCUUCAGAAUCUGCCUUCAGCAUUGGUUCUAGAGUAUUGACUCCAUAUAGAAACCGGUUACUUCCUGACAAUGUGCAAGCUCUACUUUGUACCCGAAAUUGGUUAAGAGGUUUUGCUGAAUCUGAAGAAGACGAAAACAACAAUCAACCUAAUGAAAAUGCUAUAAGCGGUUUAAGAGCAGGAGAAUCAAGCAUGCCAUGA